GUUGGGUGUGUGUUUGUACGCCCUGUAACUGUGGGAGUGAGUGAACAAACGACCUUUAACCCCGAUGAGAGAGAGAGAGAGAGAGCCAGCGAACAUGUGAUGACAUGCGGCGGCUUGUAAACAAUGUGUGUGUGUUUUAACUUGUGUGCGUGAAAGAAAGUGAGGCCUUAAAGGGAGAGUGUGUGUGUGUGUGUGUGUGUGUGUGUGUGUGUCGUGGUCACCAUGGUUUUCCUCAGACGGACAAUGCUGCUUCGCUACCUUCUGCUGUCGGCCAUGUUGGCUCUGCUCCUCUUCAUCAGCUCCUUCUGGCUACCUCAGGUUGGAGUCAGAGACUGUGGCAGCGCCUGGCAGCCAUGUUUUUACCGCCUAACACCUGAGCCUCCAUUGGUUCCAGGGGAGUGGGCGGAGCCCGUCGAAGCCACGCCCCUCAUCCAGGAGUGUCCUGGCCAAUCGUUUCAGGCCUGGCGUCUGCUGCUGUAUUUAAAGUCCAGCCUGGCAGACGCUGAUGAUAUCCUGCUGGAGCCGUACCUGCAGAGUUGGGACCAGCUCCUCAAUUUCAUGGAGUCUCUCGGGACUGUGGUCAGUUUAUUUUCUCAGAAGGUGAAGGAAAAGGUUGUACUGAUACGACAGCUGUCACUCAAACACAGUACAGAGGCUCAUGGGAAACCCGAUCCGCCUGACCAUGCUGGACUACAAACCCCAGCAUCAUUUGGACUCAACAACGGGGCGUAUCGUUCGGUUCGAUCCAUGAUGGAGGUGGAGUUAAAAGCGGGCAUGGUUGACUUCUCCCGUCGUACAGAUUCGGGCUGCAGGACGCUGCUGCGGCUGCAUCGAUCUCUGCUGUGGUUGAAGCUGAUGUUGGAGGGUUUGGCUGAAGGACCGGAUGCAGACGGACGAUACAAAACACCUGGAGAGCUGAGCAGAGAUGCCUACAAUGUGGCGUUGGCCCCCCACCACCCCUGGAUGCUCCGUCAGGCUGCAGAGUUCGUCUUCCUCGCUCUCCCGGACAGACAGUACUUCCUGCAGCUGGUGUGUGUGCAGAGCCAGCGGGAGGCCACGCCCGUCCUGCACAUCAUCAUCCACGCCCUGACGCAGGUGCACGCGCAAACUCAGCGAAUCCUGGCCGAACACGACAUGCUGGAGCUGCCCUGACCGUCACCCUGACUAUCUCGUCUCUGUCUGGAGCUCGUUGCUGGUCCUGCCGACAGCUGCUGGUCUUCAUCUCCACCAUCACCCUCUUCGUCGUCAUCGUACCACAGGAGGCCCAAGCUCCCAGUGUCCUCCACACCUGGACACAGUUGGAGCGUGCAUCUAAAGUCCCAUUUUGAAUUUAUUUUUGGGUGUGUGAUGGCUGAAACGUCAUGUACAGUAAAACUACAUCAUCUGCAUAAGGUCACAUACACGAUUCACUGAUUUGGUCUAUAAAAAUGUGAGAAAAUAAUUUUAAAAAGUGUCAAUCACAACUUCCCAAACCCCAGAAUCCAAAACUCAAAAGUUAAUUACCAGCAAAUAUUCACAUUUGAGGAGACAGAAUCGGUGAUUUGGCAUUUUAUUCUUUAAAAAAUUACUUAAAUGAUAAAUCAACAAUCAAAAUGUUUGCCAAUUCAUUUUCUGUCGAUCAACUAAUUGAUUAACCGACUAAUUGCUUUGGCUCUAAGUUAAUAUCUCAAUGCAUUAAAUAUUUCUUUCUUUCAGGGUUCAACGUUAAGGUUUUUAUUCACUUGCCCUAAGUAAAUUUUUACUUGCCACUAUACAAUUGUUUUAUUUAUUAGCGGAUAUCAAAUAACAACAACUAAAGUUAUUUUUCAUUAAUCAUUAUAAAUAAAGUAAAUGAAUCAGAACAAAAAAAGAAUAAAUUCAGAACAGGAUUAGAACUGAAUAUUUACAACAGCAACGUCACUAUGCAAACUCAAUAAUAUCUGACUGGAAACAAAUGUGAAAUGUCAGUAAAAUAAAUCAUAUUCCUGAGAUCAAAA